GUAUUCCGUUGGGAGACAUGAGAGAGGCCGGCUGACGCGGUCUAGGACAGUGAAAGUAUUCCACAACGAGACUGUUCGUAGGAGCAGGCAGCAAUAUCUGCAUUCCCCAGGUGAGAGGUGCAUGUUUCAGUUCUGGGUCGCAAACCUACAGCCAAAACAUACAUACAAGGAUAUCCUAUCCAAGGAGCUGCCUUGUGAAGGCUGGGACCGGGACGAGCUACACAGAUGGGAAAGACAGAAGAAGGGGCAGGGGCAGACGCCAGCAUGGCAUCUAUCGCUGACUACUACGCAGGCAAGAAUGUGCUGAUCACUGGCGCCACAGGCUUCAUGGGCAAGGUGCUGGUGGAGAAACUGCUGCGGUCCUGUCCAGAGGUCCGAACCCUCUACAUCCUGGUCAGACCCAAGGCUGGACAGUCCAUGCAGGAACGGGUCAGCGACAUGAUGAAGUGCAAGCUGUUUGACCGCGUGAGGGAGGACAACCCAGACUUCCACCAGAAGAUAGUUCCUAUCAGCAGUGAGUUGACACAGCCUGCCCUGGCCAUCAGUCCUGGGGACGUAGAGAGACUGACCUCCUGCGUCAACAUCAUCUUCCACUGUGCUGCCACCAUCCGCUUCGACGAACCCCUCAAACACGCCCUGCAGCUGAAUGUGAUUGCGACACAGCAGCUCCUGAGUCUGGCUCAGCAGAUGCACCACCUCCAGGCCUUCAUCCACAUCUCCACAGCCUACGCCAACUGCAACCGCAGGCACAUCGACGAGAUAAUCUACCCACCGCCUGUAGAACCCAAGAAGCUCAUCGACACCCUGGAGUGGAUGGAGGACAGCAUUGUCCGUGACAUCACACCGCGCCUCAUCGGGGAGCGCCCCAACACCUACACCUACACCAAAGCCCUGGCAGAGUGCGUGGUUCAGAGGGAGAGUAGCAAGCUCAGCAUCGGCAUCAUCAGACCCUCCAUAGUGGGAGCCAGCUGGCAGGAACCUUUCCCUGGCUGGAUCGACAACUUCAAUGGACCAAGCGGAGUCUUCAUCGCCGCGGGGAAGGGAAUCCUGCGCACCAUGAGAGCCAACAAUGAUGCGGUGGCGGACCUCAUCCCUGUGGACGUGGUCAUCAACCUGACCCUGGCCGCUGGCUGGUACACGGCAGUGCACAGACCCAAAGCAGCGCUGGUUUACAACUGCACAACGGGCGGCAUCAACCCUUUCCACUGGGGAGAGAUCGAGCACCAUGUGAUGUCCAGUUUCAAGAGGAACCCUCUGGAGCAGGCUUUCAGAAGGCCCAAUGCCAACAUCACCUCCAACUACCUGAUGAACCAGUAUUGGGUCCUGGUCAGCCACAAGUUCCCUGCCCUCAUCUACGACUUCUACCUGAGACUGUCUGGACAGAAACCCCAGAUGAUGCGUAUCUUCAACCGGCUACACAAGGCCAUCGGCCUGCUAGAGUACUUCAGCAGUCAGGACUGGGAGUGGAACUCAGAGAACAUGAACAUGCUGAUGAGCCACCUCAGCCCUGAGGACAGGAAGACAUUCAACUUUGACGUGCGUCAGCUGAACUGGCCGGAAUACAUAGAGAACUACUGCAUCGGCACAAAGAAGUACGUUCUGAAUGAAGACAUGUCCGACAUCCCUGCAGCCAGGCAACACCUCAGGAAGCUGAGGAACAUCCGCUACACAUUCAACACUCUACUGCUGGUCUUCAUCUGGAGGGUGUUCAUCGCCCGCUCUCAGAUGGCUAGGAACAUCUGGUACUUUGUGGUCAGCCUCUGCUUCAAGUUCCUCUCCUACUUCAGGGCCUCCAGCACACUUACCAACUGAUGACCAACUGACCGUUGACCAGCUGAACGCCCUGCUCACCUCCUCAACCAGACCACACCCCUCAGACCUCCAGCAGCACCCAACCCCACUCCUCAGACCUCCAGCAGCACCCAACCCCACUCCUCAACCAGACCUCACCCCUCAGACCUCCAGCAGCACCCAACCCCACUCCUCAACCAGACCUCACCCCUCAGACCUCCAGCAGCACCCAAUCCCACUCCUCAACCAGACCACACCCCUCAGACCAGCAGCACCCAACCCCACUCCUCAACCAGACCACACCCCUCAGACCAGCAGCGGCAUGCAACCCCACUCUUCAACCAGACCACACCCCUCAGACCAGCAGGGGCACACAACCCCACUCCUCAACCAGACCACACCCCUCAGACCAGCAGCACACAACCCCACUCCUCAACCAGACACUGUUCCUUCUGACCCUGUUGUACGUCAUACAGUAAAACCACUAUGUAAGUGUUAUUUCUUUUCUAACUACGGCUUUUCUUAAAGCGACAGAUUACAUGUGCAACAAUAAACUCAUUGUAUACUCUC